UUUUUGUAAUUUGACAUUUUUUGUUAAACGUACCUUGUUGGAUUGGUGAGCAGCCCGCUCGGCUUUUAGUCAUAAAAUCCCUCUGACGUUGCAUCCGUCUACGUGGACGCUUCAGCAGGAAGACUGUUGUCAUUUUGGCUACGUGGAAGUAGGUCCUCUUAUGUCUGAGACUGAGAGCAUAUUCUGCCCUCAUCCGUUUUCCACAUUCAUUUAAAAUGAUAAAGAAAUUUGACAAGAAAGACGAAGAGUCUGGAAGUGGGUCAAACCCUUUCCAGCAUCUGGAGAAGAGUGCUGUGCUCCAGGAGGCACGCAUCUUCAACGAGACCCCCAUCAAUCCACGAAGAUGCCUCCAUAUCCUCACCAAGAUAAUCUACCUCCUCAACCAGGGGGAGCAUUUCGGGACCACAGAGGCAACUGAGGCAUUCUUUGCUAUGACAAGACUCUUCCAGUCUAAUGAUCAAACCUUGAGGAGGAUGUGUUACCUGACUAUCAAAGAGAUGGCAAACAUCUCUGAGGAUGUCAUCAUUGUCACCAGCAGCCUGACUAAAGAUAUGACUGGGAAAGAAGAUGUGUACCGAGGACCUGCCAUCAGAGCCCUUUGCAGGAUUACAGAUACCACCAUGCUGCAGGCCAUUGAGAGGUACAUGAAGCAAGCUAUUGUUGACAAGGUGCCAAGUGUGUCCAGUUCAGCUCUGGUCUCCUCACUGCACAUGGUAAAGAUGAGCUAUGAUGUGGUGAAGCGUUGGGUGAACGAAGCCCAAGAGGCAGCUUCCAGUGACAACAUCAUGGUCCAGUACCAUGCCCUCGGGUUGUUGUAUCAUCUCCGGAAGAAUGACCGCCUUGCUGUGACCAAGAUGCUCAACAAGUUCACAAAGUCUGGCCUCAAGUCUCCCUUUGCCUACUGCAUGCUGAUCCGUAUCGCCAGCAAACUGCUGGAUGAGACGGAGGGAGGUCACGACAGCCCCCUGUUUGACUUUAUCGAGAGCUGCCUUAGGAACAAGAAUGAGAUGGUGGUGUACGAGGCAGCCUCGGCUAUUGUCCACAUGCCCAACUGCACUGCCCGGGAGCUGGCCCCUGCAGUGUCAGUGCUGCAGCUCUUCUGCAGCUCCCCUAAAGCAGCGUUGAGGUACGCUGCAGUCAGAACCCUCAACAAGGUGGCCAUGAAGCAUCCAUCUGCUGUGACUGCCUGCAACUUGGAUCUGGAGAACCUGAUCACGGAUUCGAACCGCAGCAUUGCCACUCUGGCCAUCACCACUCUGCUGAAAACCGGCAGUGAGAGCAGCGUGGACCGCCUCAUGAAGCAGAUCUCCUCCUUCGUCUCUGAGAUCUCUGAUGAGUUCAAGGUGGUGGUGGUGCAGGCCAUCAGCGCUCUGUGUCAGAAGUAUCCCCGGAAGCACAGCGUCAUGAUGAACUUCCUGUCCAACAUGCUCAGAGAUGACGGGGGGUUCGAGUACAAGCGGGCCAUCGUGGACUGCAUCAUCAGUAUCAUCGAAGAGAACCCUGAGAGCAAAGAAACGGGCUUGGCCCACCUGUGUGAGUUCAUCGAGGACUGCGAACACACAGUCCUGGCCACAAAGAUCCUUCACCUGCUGGGGAAGGAGGGCCCGCGCACCCCGCAGCCCUCCAAGUACAUCCGCUUCAUUUUCAACCGAGUGGUGCUGGAGAGCGAGGCCGUCCGCGCAGCGGCCGUCAGCGCUUUGGCUAAAUUUGGAGCUCAGAACGACGACCUGCUGCCCAGCGUCCUGGUUCUGAUGCAGAGGUGUAUGAUGGACAGCGACGACGAGGUGCGGGACAGAGCUACUUUCUACAUGAACGUGCUGCAGCAGAAGCAGAAGGCUCUGAAUGCAGCCUACAUCUUCAAUGGGCUGUCGGUGUCUGUUCCUGGGCUGGAGAAGUCCCUCCACCAGUACACCCUGGAGCCCUCAGAAAAGCCGUUCGACAUAAAGUCUGUCCCGUUGGCCUCUGCGCCCAUCACAGAGCAGAAGACAGAAAUUGCCCCUGUUGCCACCAGCAAACUUCCAGAGAAGCUGGCCCCGUCACGUCAGGACAUUUAUCAGUCACAACUUUCGGGCAUCCCAGAGUUCCAGGGUCUGGGCCCUCUCUUCAAGUCCUCUGAGCCGGUGCAGCUGACGGAGGCAGAGACGGAAUACGUGGUGCGCUGCAUCAAGCACACCUUCUCCAGACACAUGGUGUUCCAGUUCGACUGCACCAACACUCUGAACGACCAGCUGCUGCAGAAGGUGAUGGUGCAGAUGGAGCCCUCAGAGGCGUAUGAGGUGAUGCACUGCAUCCCCGCCCCGAACCUGCCCUACAGCCAGCCCGGAUCCUGCUACACUCUGGUCCGACUGCCGGACGACGACCCCACCGCCGUCUCUUGUACGUUCAGCUGCACCCUGAAGUAUCUGGUGAGAGACUGCGACCCCAACACAGGAGAGCCGGACGAUGACGGUUACGAUGACGAAUACGUGCUGGAGGACCUGGAGGUCACAGUGGCCGACCACAUCCAGAAGGUUCUGAAACCGAACUUCGGAGCAGCUUGGGAAGAAGUGGGAGACGAGUUUGAGAAAGAAGAGACCUUCGCUCUGGCGUCUGUUCGAACUCUAGAUGAGGCGGUAGGUAACAUCAUCAGCUUCUUGGGAAUGCAGCCCUGCGAACGCUCCGACAAAGUUCCUGAGAACAAGAACUCGCACGUCCUCUUCCUCUCCGGUGUGUUCCGGGGGGGCCACGACACGCUGGUCCGCGCCCGCCUGGCGCUGGCCGACGGCGUCACCAUGCAGGUGACCGUCCGCAGCAGCGAGGAGACGGUUGUAGACGUGAUCCUGGCCUCUGUGGGCUAGAACCGUAAACUCAUACGCCAACACAGCGCCAUCCCUAAAGCAUCACCUCUUUCCAGCUCUGAACAUUGUGAUUAUGUCGACCAAGAAGGACAUUUCCAGAUGUUUUAUUACUUUUAACACAAAGUGUUUCUUUGUUCUGUCUGCUGGUCCUCUGAAAAAUAUUCUUCUGUCAUCUCUACAAUAAACUAUCAAAAAUAA